CGUUAAAGGUUUAUGCCUCACUAGGUGAACGUUAACAGACUUUUACUUUUGCAGCAUGUUUGUGUCUCAGGCGUGCGACGGGUGUGUGUCCUGGGCGUGUGCAUACCUCUGUGGGACAGAUGGAAUAUGACAGAUAUGAGGCUGGCGUGGCCGGAAGGCAGACGCGUAAUGAGCGUUUUGAAAAAUCACAGUUUCAUACACUAAUAGCGAUUUGGAGCUUUUUCAGUUUUAUUUAAGAGAGGAGGCGUUUUUUAGUCCUGCAGUGUAUCUCGGUCAAUCAAUCAAUCUUUUAUUGUCACUGUCAGAAUAAAACAACAAAAUUCUGCACAGCAAGUGAUGUAAUAAGGUGCAAAGAUCCUAAUAAUUAAGUCAUUCAGUGCAGGCAAAAAAAGUACUCAACAGUAGAUAGACAUAUAGACAUACGAAACACACAGCACUGCAACAAUGCAAGGUCCAGCUCACAGCUUUUGUAACAGUGUGGUGUGUUGAGUGUCUCUGGAUGGGGGCAGAUCGAGGAAGGGAGCAAGAGUUUAGCAGCCUCCCUGUAAAUUUUACCAUAAUUUAUUUUUUAAAUGUGGUUUUAUCGUGAUAAACCUGCCAUGACUGACUUCUAACUUUAUGGCUUGUGUCACUGUCUACAACACUGCAACUUUUCUUAUGUACACAUUUAUAUUCAUGGGGCCACAUUAGACACUUAGAGUUUCCUCUCGACACAAGAAAAACCACAACAAAUUUCCCCGUCCUGAAGCACUCGUUGGCCUGUUCUUUCUGAAAGAAGCCACAACACCAUCCUUUCAGUCGACACACAGAGCACUGAAGAUGACUAACGUGCUGUGUCUGUGAUUGACAGUAGAUAAAAAAAAAGAAAGUAUCUGUGAAACCAGAGCAAGGUCGAGGAAUGUCCCGUACACACAGAGCGGGACGACGUGUAUGAGAUGCUUUCAGUCGGGUGCCACGGCGCAGGUUGAUGUGGGCGGAACUACUUAGGUCGCUUUCUGUAAAACAAACAACAGAAACCGCACGGAGCGAAGGGCCCGACAGGUUGGACCGCAGACUGCACACGCUGAGGUGGUGGACAGACGUCAGGCACCAGUGGAGAAGAUGCUGCUCGGCCUUGUGUUCCUCUUCCUCUUUGUCUCUCCAGCGCUGUCACUGAAGUGUUAUGUGUGCAGCUCCACUACCACCAAUGAAGAAUGCAACAGUGGCACACAGGAGUGUCAGGCGCCGCUCGACACGUGCAUGACUAUCAUCGACGUAUUUGGUUCAUCAAAAGCCAUCGUGAAGCAGUGUGCCAGCCGGGCCACGUGCUCGGGGGCUGCCUCCACGGCUUCAGUGGACUCCAACGGAAACGGAAACACCAUCAACUGCUGCAGAGGCUCUAACUACUGCAACUUCAACGGAGCCGACUCGGUUGGGGUUCACUCCACGCUGCUGCUCCUGACGGCUGCCGUUUCGCUGCUGCUGUCACGCUGACGCACCGGGGCUGCCACCUGAAACUAAAAGCUCCACAGAGCCUGAUCUGUAUCAAUACGCCGUCUCUAAUCUCUCUGUAGCAUUAUGUAAUAUAAUCCUGCUGUAAAUAGUGUCUUAACUACUGGAGACCGUUAACGUAUAAUCAUAUAUUUAUAACAUUAGGAUUCAUUAUUGUAUCAUAAAGUUUAUGGAAGCUGUAUUUUGGCUUGUUUCUUUAUCCUUUUGGCAGAAAAGAGGAAGGGAGUUCCUUUUUUAAUAUCUUGGCAUUACGCAUUAGUAUUAUGGCAGUAUAUAAAAACAAAAAAAAAGGAGCCAAAGAGGGAGGUUAUUUAGUAAAUGGAACCACUUCAACAUUAGUUUCUACAAUCAACAAUAUCCCUGGUACAAAAUAUAAUCCGGUGCUCCUUUAUCCCAAUUUGUGCAGUCAUCAGUCUAUAGAAAACUUAGAUAAGAGAGUGAAGGGCGCACACAAUAUGUACUUUAUGUCUGUAUGCAAUGACAUAAUGUACAAUUAAAAUGUAAAGCAUUUAUCCUGAAGAAAUGUUUCUGUUUUCCAGAGUUAGAGAUCUUUUUUCCUACUAAUUACUACCAUCUUUACCACACCCAUCUUUAUUUAAUAAAACUGUUUUUUAAAUCUAA